AUCCCGGCGACCGCAAGAAAACAAAGCUCGCCGCGCGGCGGUGGCCGCUCUCCCUUGGCCCCGUUCCGGCCCGGUGCUUCUUUUGUAGCGCGGGCCGCCUUAAAAACACCGGCGCCGGACCGCGCGCCCACUCGGGGCGCGUAGAGAGAAGCAUCCACGUGAACGGAGUUGCCGAGCGAGUCUCAAGCUUGUCACCAUGGACACUCGGCGGAGGCCCAGUAUUCCGCCACGGACAGGCACGGCGCAGUUGAUGCCAGCAACGGCCGGUGCCCUCUGCCUGGCGCUGUUCUGGACCACCACUACGGUUUUGGGCUCCGAGUUCCCGCACCACCAUGGUUCUGGCGGCGCAAGCGGAGUGGUGGUCCUGUACCACAAGGAACCUCCGUUCUCCAGUGACAGGCGCUUCUCCAAGGGAAAGACGUCUCUUGUGCCGGCGGCAUCUAUCAUUCCGUCCGGCUUCGUGCACGGCAGGCCCUCUUGCGCAAGGGACCUGGACCUGUGCGUGUUCAACCACGACUACCCAAUCGAGAAAGUGCAAGCGGUCGUGGACCGGUACUACAACCACAUGUACGACCUGUACCACACGCUGUACAAGACGCCUCCGCACGAAGUCCAGUGGGUGGAGAACUACACGCUGGCGUUCGCCGCCGAGAAGCAGCACGGCAGCUUCGUGUGCCGCUCGGAGGCCGUGUACCUGCGCAUCGGCUGGGCCAAGAACUGGAAGGGCCUCUGGAUGACCGUCGUCAACACCGAGCGCUUCCCGCAAGUCACGCGCGUCGAGAAGUGCAAGUACCGGAACAAGCCGUGCGACUACAUGGUGCCCUGCUACAAAUCGUCGUGCAAGCAGCGCGAGAUGCUCUUCCCGCUUAUUGCAGUCAAUCCUUACGAUCCGGGGCAGAAGCCCCUCAUUGACCUGUUUCCCAUUCCCAGCGGAUGCGUCUGCUACGUAGACGACUACCGAUUUCACUAGAUGCCGCUAGGGGACAUCACGAACCUUGUUUUGUUAUAGUGCCUCGAUGUGAGCAUCGAGGCACGCAUCGAGGCACCCUAUGUUUUGUUAGAGAUAUUGUAUAUGCUACCUUUAGGUAGGGAGCAUAUACAGUGCCUCGAUGUUUUGUUAUUUGUGACAUGCAGCUUGCAAAGCAUGCGUCGAAUCAAGAAUUAAGCAGAUCAUUGAGCGAGAAGGAGGCGUGACACUUACCGUUCUAUGAUCAAGUGAUCAACUGAAUAGUGCAUCUGAUAUGCUCGAAUGGCAAUGAUUUCAAAGUGGUUCUGCUAUCUUAAACAGUUCAGAAGGUGAACCGCUUCGUAUCACGCGUGUGAUUCGACAAAAUCACUGUUUCACUGACGCAAGUGCAAUCGUAGCCAAGCACGCGGGGGCAAAACUAACUUGUUCACGUUUCAAAGCGGUGUAUCAUAACACCCCACGUGCUGUUUGUUGUGAAUGUGUGGCUCGCUGUGGAAUGUUCAUUCGUAAAGAAGUACUAACAUAUUUCUAACGAUUCAUUUACUGUGUUUAAUUAAGGUAAAGACCUCAAGACCAUGUAAAGACACCUGAAGCCUGUGGUCCACUUAAGCGAUUCGAUGUCAUAGCUCUUCCACAUUUAGUUUUGGUUACGUUUCCCGGAUUCUGCGUCGUGAGAUCGUGAUGACGAUUCUGGGCACGUAUGAGCAGCACGCUGCAACGUGUUUCUGCUCGCUCGAUCGUUUCCUAGGCGGCGUUUACAAGCUUAGCAGCAUAAGUGGUCGAGCGAGAGUCACAGCGAAGCAUUGUUUUUCUCCUAUACGUGACCAGAUCAGAGAAUACCUAUAGGCAACCAGAUUUUGUAACAAUGACCGCACGCAGCGAAACUUUCUGGAAACGAAAAUGAAGGUAAGGUUGUUUCGAGCGCUUUCAGACACCAUAGUAUUAUUUACAUGGUUUUGAGGUCCCACGCUUUCAUCGACGUAAAAUAAACAUGAUAUGAAAUAAAAAAGUAAAAAAAAAACUUUUCAGUACUC